CGCAACUGGCGCUGCUGUGAACUAGAAUAUCCCUCAUUGCUUCGUCCUGAACUUGUACGAACUCUUUAGCAGCUCAGGACACACUCUUGUCCUGUUCCUUCAGUACCCUCCCGUCGUUUCUCGGAAGAGGAUGAGAUUUUUCGUGCUUUUUGAGAUGGUUCUCUCGAUAGGAGAAUUGUUCGAGUGACAAUAUAACGUACUUUUUUUUACGGUUACGCCAAUCUUUUUCUUCUUUGAAAGUUUAUAAAUCCGCAGGGGUCUGUGCAGUUUUCAGUACUUCUGGAUUUUAAAUGCUGAGUCUUGAUGCCCCAGAAAUGCUUUUAAAGUGAGUGCCGUCAAGGAAGCCAGAAAGCAGAAAAAACAUCCGCUGCUGCAGAACAUUCAUUCUAGCAUUGAGUGAUUGCCAUUCUGCGCAUCUUAGGAUAUAAACUGCGCAGACGAACUUUUUUGGUCUGUGCAGACGAUCAUCGAGGAAGAUCCAUUGGAAAUAUUCCUCAGAUGCUGUUCAACACACUCUGUGACACUGUAUCGGUCUGCUGAUUACGAUGUUGUCACCCGGCCUCAAAUCACUGGCUUCAGGGUCAUGCUUGGAACUCCACCCCGCAUUAAUCUGGCAUCGCUCCUCAUGACGGCAGCAGCAGCCAUGUGCCUCACCUGCGGCCAGCACUUCGACUGUCCUCUUCCCCAGCACCUCAGCCCUUGCACCUGUUUGGAAAGGCCCCUUGGCCUAGAUGUGGUUUGCACAGACGUGACCUCCAUACAACUGAGGGAGGUCCUGGAUGUGGUUGGCCUCACGAGACAGACACUAUGGUUCCUGAGGAUCAGCAAGACUGAUCUCUCAUCUUAUCCCAAAAACCUCCUCGAAGGCUUAGACAUUCGAAAUCUCAUCUUGGUGCAAUCGAACAUUUCAAAGAUUGACUCCGGGGCCUUUGCGGAUGGCAUGGAAUCUUUGGACUUAGCCAGAAACUGUUUGAAUCGUGUUCCCUCGAUGGCCCUCUCUUCCCAAAAGUCUCUGGCUGCUCUUAAUUUAGAUUUUAAUGCUAUCGAAACCCUUGAGGCACAUGUUUUUGGUGACCUGGUGUCACUUUUGUGGCUAUCACUAUAUGGAAAUAGGAUCCGAUUGAUCGAUAGCCGGGCUUUCUUGGGAACAGAAGCCAGCCUGACUAGACUGAAUCUGGGUGGGAACAGACUCGGUCAGGUGCCUAGAUAUGCGCUGCAGAGGCUGAAUUGUCUGCAAGGUCUGCGACUCCAUGAUAACAACCUGACGGAGGUGCUGGUAGAAAAUUUGCCUGAGUCAUUGUGCGACCUAGAUUUGUCGGGAAAUGAUUUAACAUAUUUGGAUGUUGAAGCUUUUGUUACCUUAAAGCACCUUUCAGCAUUGGAUAUUGAAGAUAACAGGAUAAAAUCUAUACAUGAAGAUGCUUUCAAUGGAAUUCAUGAUUCAUUAGAGUGGUUGAAACUGGGAGGUAACCAUCUUACUGCUGUCCCCUACCAAGCCCUGCGCAAUUUGAGCCGGCUGCGCCAACUGGACCUGCGUGGCAAUCUAAUUACAAAAUUAGAUUCUCAUUCUUUUGAAACUUAUGGGAAGACACUCAAGUUCAUAUUUCUCCAGAAGAAUUGUAUUCGAGAAAUAGAAGAAGGUGCCCUGGAUGUUCUGGAAUCUGUGGAAUGGUUAUAUCUGCAUUCGAACGCCCUAACAGAAUUGAGAUACGAGACAUUUAAAUCUGUGAUUGAUAAUCUUCACGUACUUGAUCUCCACGACAACCCUUACCAUUGUGACUGUUCCAUCUUGUGGUUCCGAGAUUGGCUCCAGGCUAGAGGUCAGAACGUCGCCAAUCUUCCCCGAGAGACCCGAUGCAACUCGACCAAAGAACUUGCGCAGAAACCCAUCGUCAAGCUCUCCAACAGUUCUUUCGUCUGUUCUUCAUCAUACAACCCCACAAUGGUCCAUCCUCUCCUUGUGGUCCUAUUAUUCAUCACUCUUGUGUUUGGUAUGUGUAGGUAAUAUUCGGGACCUUUGCUGUUUUUUUGUAACUAACCAUGUCGAAAAGUAAAUCUCCACAAAGGUCAUAAACAAAAGCUGAUUUUGUCACUCUACCAGCAAGACAAAAAUAUGUUUUUCUAAGAUCAGAUGACCAAUUUCUUGAGUGCAGAACUUUAAUGUGAAGCAGUCAAUGCUACAAGACUUUGUUGCAAACAUCAAGAAUGAGAUAUUGGAGGUUAUCGAUGAUAACCUAAUACGGCAUUUCUUCUUUCAAGAUAACAAUUUCAAAGUUAUUAACAUGGAAAUGUAACUGUUUUGGUCCAGAUAAACGUAGUUAUUAACUGAUGAUGAUGCAUAAGAAGAUAACUUUGAUGUGUUUUCGUUAAUUGUGUACUAAAACAAUCUUUUUAUAACCGUUUUAAUUAAGAUUCUGAUUACCAUUUCUGUGAGCCAUUGUCUAUAUAUUACAGACAAUAAGUGUGACAAAUUCUCUAAUUUGGAACCUAAAUGUAUACGCCAACGUGUAUUUUUAGAGUGUGAUUAACAAUGUAAUAAUGUCAUUUUUGUAAAGUCAGUUACAUACUUUCAAACUUUUUCUUCCGUUUAUUUGAAUAAUCGUAAAUUGAUAAUGGUGAAUUCGAUGACAUUUUGGAAGACAAAUUCUUGAUUCAUUAUAUGUACUUUUCAUUUAAAGUAAGUGAAUAUUGUAUUUAUUCUAUACAUCGCUUUAUAUUCACAUUAAUAUUUUAAAAAUAUUUUUAACUUCAUGAAUGAAAUAUUUUAUUGUAUUUUAUGGUGUCCAUUGAAAAAUCUUGAAGCAGAAAAAAUAUAACUAAUAUAUUAAAUAACGUAAUUAAAAGGAGAAGUAUAACUGCCCAAAUUGUAGAUUAUUGAUUAAAACAAACUAUAUUAUCUUCUUUUAAAUUUCAUUUUUUAAUAUUCCAUAUCGCUUAAAGCACAGUUCAUUCUCGUCAAAAUAAAGCCUAU